GGGCCGGGCCGCCGAGCAGGCAUGGCGGAGGCCGCGCCGCAGGCUCUGGCGCUGCCCUCGGGGCUGCUGGAGCUGUGCGCGCUGCUGGGCCCCUCCCGGGACAGCCUCCGCGGCCCCGAGCAGGCCCAGCGGAAGGGGGUGGGCGGCCCUCCUCUCGAACCGGAGGUUCUGUCCGUGUUUGUGCCUCCCUUCGUCACUAAGGAGGACAGUCAAACGGCCAGCGCCCCCUGUGCCACCCUGAGCAAGACCAGGAGGCGCUCGUUCAGAAAGAAGAGGGACAAGCCCAAAUCUGAGCCCUGGAAGGGCCUCCCUCCCGAAGAUGUCACUGUCCCCAACGGCGUGGACCUGCUCGCCCUGCCUCAGCUCUGCUUCCCAGGGGGCCUAUGUGUGGCCUCCGAACCGAAGGAAGACUGUGUCCACUUUCUGGUGCUGACGGAUGUCUGUGGGAACAGGACGUACGGCGUGGUUGCCCAGUACUACCGACCCCUGCACGACGAGUCCUGCUUCUACAACGGCAAGGCGCACUGGGAGCCGUCCUGGCCGACCGUGGGCGUGGCUGGCUGCUUUGUGCCCUUUGCGGUGUGCGUGGUCUCCAAGCUGCCCUAUUACAACGCCCUCAAGGACUGCCUGUCCUGCUUAUUGACUCAUCUGAAGCUCUGUAAAGAUUUUGAAGUUGACAAUCACAUAAAAGAUUUUGCUGCAAAACUGUCUUUGAUACCUAGCCCACCGCCUGGACCGCUUCAUUUGGUAUUUAACAUGAAGCCACUCCAGAUCGUGUUCCCCUCGCGCGCAGACCCUGAGAGCCCGGUCAUCGACUUGGACCUCCACCUGCCCUUGCUGUGCUUCAGGCCUGAGAAGGUGCUGCAGAUCCUGACGUGCCUCCUCACGGAGCAGCGGAUCGUGUUCUUCUCUUCCAACUGGGCGCUGCUGCCGCUGGUCGCCGAGUGCUUCAUGGCCUACCUGCACCCCCUGCAGUGGCAGCACACGUUCGUGCCCGUCCUGUCGGGCCAGAUGCUGGACUUCGUCAUGGCGCCGACGUCCUUCCUCAUGGGCUGCCACCUCGACUACUUUGAAGAAGUCAGCAAGGUGUCCGCGAAUCAGACUCUCACACCAAUCUUUACGAACUUACAGGAGGCGGACGGCCUGGUUCUGAUAAACAUCGAUAACGGGAGCAUCACCUGCUCUAACGAGGAGGACGUUGACCUCCCUGACAUCCCCCUGCUGGCGGCACAGACGUUUAUUCAGAGGGUCCAGAGCCUGCAGCUGCACCACGAGCUGGACCUCGCCCACCUGGGUGCCAGCACGGACCUGAACGAGGGGCGCGCCCGCCGGCGGGCCUGGCAGCGGAGGCUCAACUGCCAAGUGCAGCAAGUGGCCUUGCAGCUGCUCUUCAGCAUCUUCAGGGAAGUGAAGAAUCACUUAAAUUAUGAACACAGGGUGUUUAAUAGCGAGGAGUUUCUCAAAACCAGAGCUCCGGGGGACCAGCAGUUUUACAGACAGGUGUUGGACACCUACAUGUUUCACGCUUUCCUUAAAGCCCGGCUCAGCAGGAGGAUGGACGCCUUCGCCCAGAUGGACCUCAACACGCAGUCCGAGGAGGACAGGUUAAACGGGAUGCUGGCAAGUCCAAGAAGACCAACCAUUGAGAAAAUGGCCUCGCGGAAAUCCUCGGCCCUGCACGCCGUCCACAGGCGGAUGGUGGUCAGCAUGCCCAACCUGCAGGACAUAGCGGUUCCCGAGCUGCUGGCCCGGAACUCGUCACUGCGGAAAGUCGACUCCACGGGCUGCGGGAGCGUAGUCCUGAAUGUGACUCCUCCGUCGACCUACAUGUUCAAGAUCCCAGAGAUCCACUUCCCGCUGGUGAGCCAGUGCGUGCAGGCCUACUACUCCGACUGCGUCGCCCUGCUGAGCAAGGCCAUGGGGCUCCUGGCUCCCGACAGCUCCGUGCUCCUGGCGAGGUAUUACUACCUCCGCGGGGCCGUGCACCUGAUGCAGGGGCAGCUGCUGGACGCCCUGCUGGACUUUCAGAGCCUGUACAAGACGGACAUCAGGAUCUUUCCUGCCGAUCUCGUUCGGAGGACGGUGGGGUCCCUAUCGGGCCCCCAGCGCGCCCAGGCCGAGCGUGUGCCUGAGCUGCGGCGGCUCAUCAGCGAGGUGGUGGACAAGCCGGGAGAGGCCCCCAAGCCGGACGACCGCGUGAAGAACUUCGAGCUGCCCAAGAAGCACAUGCAGCUGGACGACUUCGUGAAGAGGGUGCAGGAGUCGGGCAUCGUGAAGGACACCAACACCAUCCACCGGCUGUUCGAGGCGCUGACCGUGGGACACCAGAAACAGAUUGACCCGGAAACAUUCAAGGAUUUCUACAACUGCUGGAAGGAGGCCGAGGCGGAGGCCCAGGAGGUCAGCCUGCCGCUGUCGGUGACGGAGCAUCUGGAUAAGAACGAAUGCGUGUACAAGCUGUCCAGCUCCGUGAAGACCAACCGCGGCGUGGGCAAGAUCGCCAUGACCCAGAAGCGCCUGUUCCUCCUGACGGAAGGGAGGCCGGGCUACGUGGAGAUCUCCACCUUCAGGAACAUUGAGGAAGUGAGAAGCACCACGGUCGCAUUUCUGCUUCUGAGAAUUCCGACUCUAAAAAUUAAAGUGGUGUCCAAGAAGGAAGUGUUUGAAGCUAAUCUGAAAACGGAGUGUGACCUGUGGCACCUGAUGGUGAAGGAGAUGUGGGCCGGGAAGAAGCUGGCCGAUGACCACAAGGACCCGCAGUACAUCCAGCAGGCGCUGACGCACGUCCUGCUGAUGGACGCCGUGGUCGGCACGCUGCAGUCGCCCGCUGCCAUCUACGCCGCCUCCAAGUUGUCUCACUUCGACAGGAUGAAGAACGAAAUGUCCACGCCAGUUCCCAGGACGACCUCGGAAACCCUGAAGCACAAGAUAAACCCCUCAGCGGGAGAGACUUGCCCACACGCCGUGGACGUCCUGCUGUAUACUCCAGGGCAUCUAGACCCAGCAGAAAAAGUAGAGGACGCCCACCCCAAGUUAUGGUGUGCUCUGGACGAAGGCAAGGUGACCGUGUUUGACGCUUCCUCUUGGACGAUUCACCAGCAGUGCUUCAAAGUGGGCGCCUCCAAGUUGAACUGCAUGGUGAUGGCAGAGCAGAACCAGGUGUGGGUCGGCUCGGAGGACUCGGUCAUCUACAUCAUCAACAUCCACAGCAUGUCCUGCAACAAGCAGCUCACCGACCACCGCUCCAGUGUCACGGACCUGGUUGCUCAGAACGGAACACCCAGCAAGGUGUACUCGUGCAGCGCGGAUGGGACGGUCCUGGCGUGGAACGUGAGCACCCUGCGUGUGACCAGCAGGUUCCAGCUGCCGGGCGGCGGGCUCUCGUCCAUCAGCCUGCAUGACGGCUGCCUGUGGUGCUGCACGGGGACCAGUAUCGUGGCCGUGAUGACCAGCGGGCUCCUUUGUCAAGAACUGAAGGUCGGCGAGAACUUCAAGGAGAUGAGCACGUCCUUCGUGGGUUUCCAGCUCCUCCCCGAGCAGGACCAGCUCUGGGUGGCGUGCGCCGGACUGGCCAGCAUCUACAUCUGGAGCCUGGCAGACCUGACACAGCCCCCUCACCGGGUCCCCCUUCAGGACUGCUCCGAGGUCAGCUGCAUGAUCAGAGUGAAGCAGCAGAUCUGGGUAGGCGGCACCGGCCUGUCCCAGGGCCUGGCCAGAGGGAAAAUCUACGUGAUCGAUGCCGAGAGGAAGACGGUGGCCAAGGAGCUGGUGGCCCACAUAGACAGGGUGACAACGCUCUGCUCGGCGGAGGACAGAUACGUGCUGAGCGGGUCGGGCGGGGGCGAGGGGAAGAUCGCCAUCUGGAAGGUCGAGUAAACGGGGGCAGAUGGGCCGAGUGGGGCUGUGCUCUACGAGCCCCGCCCUCCUGCCCCCCAACCCGUGCUCCCCCAAAAGGUGGGCCGGGGAGCCAGUCGGGGCCCCCGGGGGGGUGGGGCGGUGUGGCUGCACGGCUCUCUACUGUCCCGGUUGAACUGUAUCCACAGCGUUUCGGGCUGGUGCUUCACAGGGAGGCAGUGGGGUCAGGUUGCUGUGAAGUUGCGGUGCGUGCUGUCUAGAACCUUCCGGAGCCCACGAGCAGGGGCCAGCACCAGGGCAGGGAAUGGUUUAACCAAAGCACCACGUAUGACCUGCCAGCCUCAGGCAGCUGGUUUGCGUUUCCUCUACUCCUUCAUUCAGCACAAGUAGAGUAAGCGUCGGGUUUAGGGGCGACCCACAGCCUUAAACUGACCUCGUUCCCAGCAAAGCUGUGAGAGGAGGUGUGUUUAAAUGACCACUUUGUGCUUGAACACAUCCCUGCCUCCUCUCGCUGUGCCCAUGCCGAGCAGGGGCCCGCGGAGGGGACAGAGGGGACAGGGCUGGGCUAGCUGAGGCAAGCUCUGUGUUUUUUUUUUUUUUUUCCUUUAAUGACAAGUUUUUAUGAUGAAGAAACCCAGGGAGACUUUCCUACCAAAGAUCAGUUUCAUCUGUAGUUCCACCUAAAAUAGCAGAAUGUAUAAUCGAGUGUUCUAGAAGUCACUGCCGCUCACAGGGACGUCAUUUCCACCGUCCGCAGCUUGUGUGCACCGUGUGUCUCCAUAGAUGGUGCUGUAUUAUUGAACUGAAGACGAUCCUACUUGCUAAUAUUUGAAAUAAAAUAUUGUAAAUAUUUGAAAAAAAAAAAAAAAAAAAAAGAAAGAACCUCUUACACAUUUUUACUACGAUAUUGAGAUUCACUCCCUCGGUGUCCAGCGAGGAAGGCUUUGGCAUAGUUCCCGGAUGUGGAGGGAGCAUCUGCCUCACAGCAGCGUGUGCGGGCCUGCGGCCUGUCCCCGAAGGACCCAGCAGAGCUCAGCCGCACGGGGGCGGCUGCCGGAACACAGAUGCCGCACCAGACCUCACUCACCCCGAGACAGGGCCGAGCUUCAGUAGCACCUGGAACCCCCAGAUAAAAGCUUCGACCAGACCUUGGACUGCACCUGCAAGGUCCAGAUCACCGACCCAGAUGUUGGGGUGUUCUGGGGGUGCGGUGCCGGGGACAGCCAGACGGCCUCAGGUGCCUACAGAGGAGAGGGCGUGUCCCUGACUUCCAGGAGGAGGACUCAGCCGCAGCAAAGGACAGACGUUGAAUUCUGCUUUUGUAAACACAUGAACAACUACAGUCAAUCCUGUCAAAAAUACUCAUAAAUUAUUUAAUGUCAGUCCACACAUAACCAGGUAUUUUCACCUCAUCAAUAAUAAACUCCUUUGUUUAUUAAA